AUGGUAAGCGCAUGCAGCAACAGGAACCAACAACUGGAAGGGUCGCAGACCAUUACUGUCGAGGAAGUCAGGCCACUGUUACAACUCCGAGGAGAAGAAAGGUCGAACACGCAGACGGGCUCAAGUGCGCCAGAAACGCAUCAGAGACCCAGCGUUAGAUGGGAGUCAGGUGUUAUAGACAAUGAGCAUAUGAACAAGAAGAAAACUAAGAUAUGUUGUAUAUUUCAUCCUCAGCAAGAGUUCGAUGACGAUGAACCAGAUUCGGACUGUCAUAGUUCGUCUUCAUCAUCUUCUUCAUCCUCAUCUGAGUCCGAGUCUGAGAAGGAUUUGGACCCAGCAGAGAGGAGGCAAAGAAGAGUGGAAAGACGCCAUAGGACACUGAAACAAAAUAGGCCUAAAAGUCCUAACGCUUAUGAGAUACAACCAGAUUACACGCAUGAUAGAAGCAAAUGUAAACAUUGA